CAGUCCCCCUUUUUCUCUUUUUACUUUUUUUUUUAAAAUGAUAAUUACAACAGAUAAAAGAGUUCUGGUCCGAAACUUUCUAGAUAAAAAAGACUGGAGAAUUUAUAUAGCCGUGGUGAUAGGUAUUACACUUGCAGGAACUGGAACUGCUUUUCUACUCUCAAGGAAUAUUCAAUAUUUUCGAAAACCCAAGAGAAGAGUUUCAACCCAAAAAUUACAUGAUGAAUCAACUGGUACCUAUGAAACCAUGACAGACACAAUUAUAUCCGUCAUGACGGCAGAGCAACGUUUAGCAGCCUCCAAUGUAUUAAAAUCAAGGGCAGAUACCGCCUUCAACCAUAAGAAUUACAAAGAGGCAAUCCGAUUAUAUACCCAAGCAAUUCGAUUUAAAGCCGACCCAGUGUUUUAUUCCAACCGAGCAGCAUGUUAUGCCAACAUGGAAAUGCAUGAUAAAGUGUUGGAAGAUUGUGAUGUGGCUCUCUUGUUAAAUCCUACCUAUACAAAAGCUUUGAGUCGUCGUGCACAAGCCCUUGAACGAAAAGGAGACUUGGCCGAAGCUUUGUUUGAUUACACGUCCGUGUGUAUCUUUGAAGGCUUCAAGAAUGAACAUAAUAGGAAAUCCAUGGAAAAAGUAUUAAAAAAAAUAUCGGAAUUAAAGGCAAAAGAGUUGUUAAAGACAAAGCAACCUAGAUUACCUUCUCCUACAUUUGUAACUGCUUACCUUGACUGUUUUCAUCCAGAAUCCGGUACAAGUAUACCCUCCACAACAGACAUACAAAGUGGUGACGCCUAUUAUGCAAAAGCAAGAAGAGCUAUCGCUGAAAAAAACUACUACGAGGCAUUGGACGAUUGUGAAAGAGCUCUGGUAUUGGGUUGCUCUCCACACUACAUUGCAUCCGCUCUAAAUUUAAAGGGGACGUUGGUCUUCUUAAAGGGCGAUGCUGAAGAAGCAUUGCAAUGUUUCAAUCAAUCCAUCGAAUUAGACCCUUCCUACGUACAAAAUUACAUUAAAUGCUCCAAUAUAUUCAUGGAAAGAGGGGACAUACAAGGUGCCCUACGACACUUUGAACAAGCCAUCUCUAUCAAUCCCGUAGACCCCGAUAUCUACUAUCACAGAGGACAAGUGUAUUACAUUAGUGGAAGUUACAAGGAAGCAAUCAAUGAUUAUGAAAGAUGUAUACAAAUUGAACCAACAUUUGUGUAUGCCCAUAUUCAAUUGGCCGUCACACAAUACAAACUUCAUUUAAUCGCAAGAGCCAACCAAACAUUCCAAGAAACCAUCAAGGCAUUUCCAUUAUCAUCCGAAGCACAUAAUUACUAUGGAGAGAUAUUGGCUGACCAAGGAUGUAUAGAGGAACCCAUCGAGUUAUUUGACAAGGCCAUGUCUCUGGAUCCAAAAAAUCCUUUGCCUUAUAUCAACAAGGCCAUGAUCAAAUAUCAGAAUCUCAAUGACGUGGAAGAAGCGAUUAAUUUAUGCAAAAGUGCCUUGGAAGGUAUUUUUUUUUAACAUGUGCAGAUGUGUGUGUGAGAGAGAGAGAGAACUUUGUUGCUAAUUCUUUUCGGGAGUAUGUAGCUGACCCUGCUUGUGAUGCAGCGGUUGCUUCACUAGCCCAAAUGUAUCUUGAACAAGACAGACAUACGGAAGCUUUACCGUAUUAUGAAAAAGCGAUUGAUCUAGCUCGAACCGAGGCUGAACUUCAACUGGCGGUGUCUUAUGUGGAAGCAACCAAAAUGCAAAUCAGAUUUACAAAGGCGUAUCCCAACGCAGCAUCCAAGUUAACAACACUGAAAUAAG